GUGUGAAACAAAUUAAAUUACCUUUAGAGAUAGAACUGUUUUUUUUCAGUAAAAUUAAAUGGACUGUUAAAAACAUAAAAAAAUCAACCGUUGAGCAUAUUUUUUCCAUUAUAAAAAUGGUUGAAGUUGAGUACAAACUUCAUCAACAAAGUUCUUCAAAAAAUAAUUUUUUUUUUAAAAAAAAAGAGGAAAAUUUUUGAUCGACAAAGCACAAAGAAUGGCCACUUUAAUUGCUCCCAAGUAUUUCUCUCCUGUUGAAGAUGCAGAAAAUAUCAAGAAGGCUUGUCUAGGUUUGGGGACAGAUGAGAAGGCCAUAAUAUCCAUUUUAGGCCACAGAAAUGCAACUCAAAGGAAGCUUAUAAGGUUGGCUUAUGAAGAAAUCUACAAUGAGGAUCUCAUUCACCAACUCAACUCUGAACUUUCUGGGGACUUUGAGAGAGCUAUAUGCCACUGGACACUUGAUCCGGCUGAUCGAGACGCCGUUUUAGCAAACAAUGCAUUGAAAGCAUCGACACCCGAUUACCGUGUUAUCAUCGAAAUAGCAUGUGUUCGGUCUGCUGAAGAUCUUUUAGCAGUAAAACGAGCUUAUCGGUUUCGAUUCAAACAUUCUCUCGAAGAAGAUGUAGCCUUUUGCACAACAGGAGAUAUCAGAAAACUUCUUGUGGCAGUGGUGAGUGCUUAUAGAUAUGAAGGCAAUGAGAUUGAUGAAAGUAUUGCAGAAUUAGAAGCAAACAUUGUUCAUAAUGAAAUCAAAGGCAAAGCUUUUAAGAAUGAAGAUAUUAUUAGAAUUCUUAGCACAAGAAGUAAGCCACAGCUUAAUGCAAUUUUCAAUCGCUAUAGAGAUAUCCAUGCCACAUCCAUCACCAAGGGUUUGAUAGGUCACCCAACUGACGAAUAUCUUGCUGCAUUAAGAACUGUUAUAAGAUGCAUUAGAGAUCCAAAAAAGUAUUAUGCAAAGGUUUUGCGAAACACGAUGAACACGGUCGGGAUCGACGGAGAUGCUCUUAGUAGAGUGAUAGUGACAAGAGCAGAAAAAGAUUUGAAGGAGAUUAUGGAACUGUAUUUGAAGAGAAACAAUACAUCUCUUGAGGAAGCUGUGAGUAGAGAAAUAGGAGGAGACUACAAAGCCUUUCUUCUAGCACUCUUGGGCAGUGAUGAACAUUUGAACCUUAUGGAUUAAGUCCCAAAAUUAUUAUUAUUAUUAUUUUCCCAUAUACUUUUUAGAAUAAGUUUUAUUAAACAACAUAGGGUUUUGGAUGGUGAUUCUAUGGUUCUAUAGGAAAUUCCUAAACAUUUCCUUUUCCAUUUAUUUUCUUUUGUGAUAUUCCUAGUUUCUAUCUUUUAGAUGGAUUCUAGUCAUAGGUUUGC